AUGAAGAGCAAGCACUGUAUUUGGGUUGAAGAUCGACAAGUAAAAGAGGCCAAUUUUUCUUCUUUUUUUGAGCAAAGCCAACUCAAAAGAUGCUUGGGAGACAAAUCAUUAGGGCACAAUUGGAAAAAACUUGAAAAGGAAGUUGAAAUUUUCAGGGAGAGAAUUGAAGACAUGGAAAUGAAGAGAGAGCAAAGCAAUGAUAUUUUGUCUAAAUGCUUGGAGUCUCUUUCAUCAGCAAAUGUGAGCUUGGAAAGGAUCAUAAAAAAUGUGGCUGUAGAAAAAACUGAUGAUGAUGAUGAUGGCAAGUUCAUUAAAGGCAUAGAAAAGAGUGAUUCAAUGCGUUUGGAAUUGGAAUUGACUGAAGAGCUAUUGGUAGUUACAAGACUUGCUUCUGAGGCUGAAGAGAAGGUGAAUGAGUACAAAGAAUUGAGGAAGAAGGAGAAGAGGGAGUUGGAGAAUAGUGUGGUGAGUUUGACAGAGGAGAAUAGAGAUACCAACAGUUUGCUGAGAGCAGCCUUGUUGGAGAAGGAAGCUAUGGAGAAGAGGUUGAAGGUGAAUAGCGAGCAGAAGAGAGUUGCCCUUUUGCAGAUUGUGGAGCGAGGUUUGCAGAGAGUUGCUUUUGGGUUUAUGAUGGGAAGUGGGAGCACUGAGCAAUCACUAGAGAGUUUUUCAGGAACCAAGUCAGAUAGCAGUGAGUGUGAAGAGGAUGCAAUAUUUCGUAAUUGUUUUUAUUCGUAUCUAUUAGAUUUUGCUGAUUUUUGGUGGAUUGGAGAUCUAGACAUAUAUGUAAUUAAGAUAGUGGGGUUGUUGAAAAUAUAUAGAAGUUUCCAGGAUUUUGAUGAGGCAUCAACUGUGGAGAGGAUAAUGAAGAAUUUACGGCUUGAGAUAACUAAGUUGAGGCGAUCUUUGGAAGAAUCCAGACACCGAUUGCAGAGUCUUACAGAGAAACAAGCUCAAAUUAUUGAAGAAAACAAGUUAUACAUCAAGGAGUAA